GAGAGCAAACAGAGUGCCUGUCCGUCAUUAAGAAGAGGACGAGAGAGAGAGAGACAGCGCGCGGAGGCGAGGCGAUGCAGCAGUAGGGCAGAGGACUGACGCAUAGAGAGCACGCACGCACGCACGCGGCGAUCGCACGGGGCAAACCGUCAGCGUGUUAACUGUUACGCUCGAUUGCAAGUCAUUCACCUCUAAGCCGCCGUACGUUCUGCUUAUAGCCGACACUUGCAAGAACCGACACUUGCCAUCGCGGGUAGGAACGGCGGUGGUGACAUUUUCGUCUGUCGCAUCUGUGAUGUUUGUCGACAGGCGUUGGCGACGCGUCGUCCGGUCGUGAUCCGACGGGCUCGCGCGAGCGACAUCUUCACGCGACAUCUUCACGUGACAUCCACGCAUGACAUCUUCCAGUGAUAUCUUCACGUAACAUCUUCGCGCGACAUCUACGCGUGACAUCUCCACACGACAUCUUCACGCGACAUCUACUCGUCACAUCUUCGCGUGACAUCUUCGUGUCACCAAACACACGACCACCUUCGUCGUCGUCCCCUGACUCGUCUUCCCACAGCGACAUGAACCGACAGCAGACGACGUUCGGCACUCCGACGUCGCUCGUGUCGCUCGGCUGCUCCGUGCUGCCGCGCUUGCCCGACGCCCACUACAUGUACUCGUACGCUCCCUACCUAUACCAGGCGACGGCACCGGCCGACGGCCUCGGCUACAACCCGUUUGCGAUCAACAUGCUAUCGACGAUGGAACGCAGGGAGCAUCAUCAGAAACCUCCAUACUCAUACAUCGCACUUAUUGCUAUGGCAGUUAAGAGCGCACCUGAUAAGAAAAUCACGCUGAACGGAAUUUACCAGUUCAUCAUGGACAGGUUUCCGUACUACCACGAUAAUAAGCAGGGCUGGCAAAACUCGAUCCGGCACAACCUCAGCCUAAACGACUGCUUCGUGAAAGUGGCGCGCGAGAAAGGAAAACCCGGCAAGGGCAAUUACUGGACGCUCGACCCCAACAGCGAGGAGAUGUUCGAGAACGGAAACUACCGACGCCGGAAGCGACGAGUGAAGGCGACGACGAAGUCAGUCGACAAGGCCGACGCCAAGAACGACAAUCCCGACGACAGACGCGACGAAUACAAGAGCGGCGACGGCAAUGACAACCACAGCGACAGCGACCAACGGGAUUCGACCGCCGACGACGAAACGCAGGACGUCGCACUGACGGUGCCGAUGUCUUCCGACUUAACGAGUGCGAACGACGUCGACGACGCCGACGACCACACCGACAGAGAGCGUCCUACUAGGGCGGAUCUGUGUCGGCUAGAGGUCGCGGGGUUAGGAUGCGAAGACAAGGCGCCAUGUUUGAGAGCUGCGCAGUCGGAUGCGCACGCGAGUCUCACGCACGCCAGCGAGGCGUUUCGACAUCAGACGAUGACAGGAAAGCGCUCGCUGUUCACAAUCGACAGCAUUAUAAGCAAGAAACUGCGAACGGGCGACGUCGAUGACGACAUCGACUACGCGAAAAAGCCACGUCAUGAUGACGCGUUUGCGUCACAGUUGGAUGACGUCAGCGUCGGUGUGCCGCGUCCGGAUUCCUCUUCGCGUCUGUUAUUCCCGUCGCCGACUGCGACGUACGAGAGAACGCUUCUAGCCGGUGCGCAGUCGUCUACGUUUCCAUCUUUCGCUGGGCUCAACGCGUUGCCUUCCUACAUGCCGUCCGCUCUUCCAUCGCCGUAUAUGCUGCCAAAUCCUUUCCGGUACGCAUGCGCGGGGUUACCGUACGCUUACGGAGCAGCACAGAGCACGAAUCUUGCCGAUCACGCUAAAGUGUUUAAAGCUUUUAAUGGCCAAACGUAAACCGUGAGCUUUUAUCAUCAAAUACAAUAUAUUCUGUUCGUGAUCUCUGACGAGACGCAAUAAGCUAUAAUUGCACGUAGGUGGUUUCUGCUUGUAAUAUUCACUGUGUAAACGUGAUAAUUAAGCGAACAGGAAAUGGGCUAAGGCUAGUUCAUUCACGAAUGUGUUGCGCGUGAGAAGUUACACAAUUUAUAAACGUGUUCUAAAGUGCUAAAUUCCAAAAUAAUUUAUUCCUAAAUUUCAAAUAUGAAUUAAUUAGUUCUAUUUAAUUCGUAAACAUGCAAUAACCUUGAAGUAUAAUCGUUUCUUAACUCAUAAUAAUAGAUCACAUCAUGGAUACAUCAUCGUCUAAUGAUGUAUAGUAACGUUAAUGACAUUUUAUUAUUUGUAUGUGUUCAAUUACUUUAUCUUUAAGAAAUGUAACUGUCAUUAAAACGGUUACUUCCCUCA